AUGGUCAUCCAUCAGGCGAGCUUUCCCAACUUGAGACGCCUCUUCAUUGAGGCGAGAUCUGAGGACGAAGAACGUGCCGUGUCACGAAGAGCUUUCUAUAACGCCGUUUUAUUCAUGGGAUCAGUUGCUGUCUUCAGUCUCGUAGCUCAAAGGAUGAAUGCUGCUAGAUGA